AUGGAUGAGGAUGCAAAAAUAAAAAUGUAUAAUCAAGUAUUGCUAAAGAUAAUAAAAAUAGAUUUAACAAAUCCUCCCAUAGCAAAUCCUGAGACUCAAUCCGAAGAAUUGCCUGAAAAGAACAAAGAAAUGAAAUGGGACAGAGAUGAGGAAAAUUACAUCGAACAUUUAAUCAUAUCUAACGUAGCAAUUGAAACUGUUGGCCAAGCUUCCAACAUAAAAUGGGCCAAGUAUAGGCAUCUUAGAUUAACGUCAAGUAAUUUCGGGCCAAUUAUUUCAGCCCAUAAGCGCAAUAGUUUCCCCCCUUCCCUGUUUAAAAAAUUAAACUGUUUAUAUAAGCUUGACAAAGUCAUGCAAGUGCAGUGGGGAAUACAAAAUGAAAAGACUGCAGUUUCUGCAUUUGAAAAUGCUACAAAAUUAUCUGUGGAAAGCUCAGGGUUUUGGCUCCAUCCUUCUGGACUUUUGGGUGCUAGCCCUGAUGGCCUUAUUAAAGUCAGCGAUGGUUGCUUAAAGUUAUUGGAAGUAAAGUGCCCUUACACUUACCGCAAUGAUGUUUUGCAGGAAAAAUUAAAAGGUGUAAGAAAUUAUAUUCUUUGUAUUGAAAAUGGCGUGUACAAAAUCAAUAAAUCCCAUGAUUACUAUCAUCAGAUGCAGGGACAAAUGGCCAUUUUAAAUGCUUCAUCCACAUAUUUAGUUUUGUGGACUUUAAAAAGCACCAUCAUUUUUGAAGUUUACAAAGAUGAUGAUUGGAAUCAUCUAGACAUGCUGGUAGAUUUCUAUGUAGAGAAAUGGGUACCUUAUCUAAUUUGCGACUCAUAAAGGUAAAUGUUUGUUUUAGUGUUUUAUUAUUUCUAUGAUUUUCUUUAACAUUAUGUCUCUAUAGAAUCAUUUAUUUAAAAAAGAAUUUUCAAAGUCAAUAUCAAAAUUACACUAAUUCUUUUUUCCUUCUGUAUAGCGUCUGAUAUCAUCAACAUUGCCGCUUCUUAGAUUGAUUUUGUCUAUUAAUGUUAUUGUAAAUUGAUGACAUAUCUAUAAAUAGAAAAUUUGUGACUUAUGUAGUUGAAAAAUUUUAUUUUUAAUUUUUAUAUGUAUAUUAUGUUAAU